AUGUCUGCGUGUCGAGGUUCGAGGACGACAGCAACCAUUGUGCAUACAUGUCGAGUCGCUCAAAGUUCCAGGGAUACAAAAACAAGACGUUUUCAAUCGAGCUUUGUCUUUGUGUCGGUUUCAAGUAUAUCUCAACAGCUUGAAUGGAAGGAUGUCUUAAUACGAUGCAAACUCGGCAGCACCUUGUUCUGUUUCAAGUCCAGCAUUAACAAUAACUCUGCAACAACAAGCAGAACCAACCGCAGUGGAAUUUCUCAUUCAUUUUGGCUCAAAUUGCGGUACAGCAGCGGUUCAUCAACAACAGAGCAGUUUGUAGCAGCGAAAACCUACGUCUCAAUCGAGAUUAACCUCUCUUCAUUGCCAACGUUGCUGAGUUGCGACAACUCCGGCAACGACUCCGCGUCCCUUUUGCAAACUGCAACGAUUGUGUAG